AUGGCAGUUCCACCUGAAUAUGGUAUUUCCGCCCAUCAUACCGAACCGAAGGAAGAAGAAAAGUUUUACCCAGCUCAAGUAAAAAGAAUAGUGAAUGAUAUUUUGCAAGAUAAGCUUGAGGGGAGAGUAUAUAAUGAUGCCACUGCUCAACAGCUAGCUCUUGAAAUAAGUAACAUAGUUAAGAUUAGAUGCAAAAAUUUGAGAAUGCCGAGGUAUAAAUUAAUUGUACAGACUUUUAUUGGGGAGAACUUAGGACAAGGGCUGAGAGUAGCGUCAAAGUGCUUAUGGAAUGCAAAGCUCGAUAACUAUGCAUCUCAUUCUUACCAAUCUGGGAAUAUCUUUGCAGUCGUUAUUGUUUUUGGAUCAUAUUUUGAAUAA